AUGAACGGAAGUGAUAUUUGUGAUGACUUUUUUGAAGAAACUUCACACAAGACAAGUGAUAAUGUAUCAUCGGUUAGUUCUAACAGUGGUGCCACUUCCACAACUUUUUCUGAUCAAUCUCACAUUACAAAAAAAAACAAAUUAAACCAUCUGAAGUUCAGGUGGCAGUAUGCAAAGUCUAGUUGGUUGAGUAAUAAGCAAGUUAAAUGUGGCCAUAAGCUUAUUUAUGAUGGCGGUACAGGAAAUAUGAGCAGUCACCUUCAAAUUAAACAUAACCUACACAAAAAACAAAAUAAA